AUGGCACAAUCCAACAAAUGGGCAGCCGAGCUGGCAGCUUACAAUCUCGAUGCCGCAUUCGUUUAUGGCGCGCGCCACACUAUAUCUGACAAAGAUUACUGGCAAGUAGAGGCUUUAAAUUUGCUGGAAGCCUACCUACGACAAUCGCAAAAGGACAGACCUGAGGCGGAACGAUGGCGGAACAUCUGUGUCGGCGUGGAAGCUCUCCUAAAACGACAAGACAUUGACACUGACGAACACCGACAAUCUAUUGAUAACGACGGCUAUUGGGCAGUAGAAGCAGAUUGCCUUCAGUCGCACACUGCCCGUCUGGAGAGCGAGCUUCUGGAUGGACCUCUGGAGCUGGGGAACACAAAAGCAACAUCAGGAACGAUAAACUCGUCAGCCCUGGCUCUGAAACCGGGCAAGGGCUCCAGCGCAGACGCCAGCGUUGGCAGCACACUACUGGAAACCAGCACGGCCAAACCUUGCGUCCCGUGA